AAGGCUCAGCUAGCUGGGAGGGGACGACUCUGGACAGGCUGCGGUACCCUGGAAACUUCAGUCACGGUAGAAGGAACGACCGCUUUAAUUUAUUAGCUCCGUUUCUCACUCUUGUCCUGCUGAGAGGUGAUGCUGGGGGUGGCAGGAAUGACGGGCAGCAUUGCCAAUGCUCUGGCCAAUGCAGCCUGUGAGCGAUGCAAGAGCGGCUUUGCUGCGACCGAGAAGAUUGUCAAUAGUAACGGAGAACUGUACCACGAGCAAUGCUUCGUGUGUGCCCAGUGUUUCCAGCAGUUUCCAGAGGGACUCUUCUAUGAGUUUGAAGGAAGAAAAUAUUGUGAACAUGACUUCCAGAUGCUCUUUGCUCCUUGCUGUCACCAGUGUGGGGAGUUCAUCAUCGGUCGUGUCAUUAAGGCCAUGAACAAUAGUUGGCACCCUGACUGCUUCUGCUGUGACAUUUGCCAGGCUGUGCUUGCAGAUGUGGGGUUUGUCAAAAACGCUGGCAGACACCUGUGUCGCCCGUGCCAUAACCGCGAGAAAGCCCGUGGCCUGGGCAAGUAUAUCUGCCAGAAAUGCCAUGCCAUAAUAGAGGAGCAGCCACUGAUCUUUAAGAAUGACCCCUAUCACCCAGACCACUUCAACUGCAGCAACUGUGGGAAAGAAUUGACGGCUGAAGCCAGGGAACUGAAGGGAGAGCUCUACUGUUUGCCCUGUCACGACAAGAUGGGUGUGCCAAUCUGUGGUGCCUGCAGGAGACCUAUCGAAGGGCGUGUUGUCAAUGCCAUGGGCAAGCAGUGGCAUGUGGAGCAUUUUGUGUGUGCCAAGUGUGAGAAGCCUUUCCUCGGUCAUCGCCAUUAUGAGAGGAAGGGGUUGGCUUACUGUGAGACUCAUUAUAACCAGCUCUUCGGUGAUGUGUGCUAUCACUGCAACCGUGUUAUUGAAGGCGAUGUUGUGUCGGCUCUGAACAAGGCCUGGUGUGUCACUUGUUUCUCGUGCUCCACCUGCAACACAAAACUCACUCUCAAAGAUAAGUUUGUCGAAAUUGACCUGAGGCCAGUGUGCAAGCACUGUUAUGAACGCAUGCCUGAGGAGCUGAAACGCCGCCUGGCCCGACGUGAGCGCGAUGCCAAAGACCGCAAGAAAAAGCCCGCUGUCUGUUUGUAGGCUUAUUACUCUUUACAACUCACCACUCCGUGCACUGGAACAAGUUUGUUGAGUUUGAUAUGAAGCCUGUUUGUAAAAAGUGUUAUGAGAAGUUUCCUCUCGAGCUCAAGAAAAGACUCAAGAAGCUGGCAGAGGCUUUGGGACGCAAGUGAACUGCUCCAGGCCAAACGACCUGGAAGAAUUCCUGCUAUGUCUGUAAUGGUAAAAUAUCCAGGGAACUGCUGCAUUACGACAUAAGAGCCACUGCUUCAAUAUUAAAACUGUAAGUCUGGGAUCCCUUUAAAACAAAUAUAAAUAUAUACCACUGUGGUCUUGUCAUAAACAAAAACUGUUGGCAGAUUUUUUCUUCUUGCUGUUGUUUUUUAUAUGCUAAUGUGUUUUUUUUAAUACAUUCCUAAAAUUGCCCUAAUUUGUUUCCUCUUCAAUGCAAGACACAUAAUAUUCCAGUUUCUUUUGCCCUUACCACGAGUAUAGUAGUUAACCGUACUGUGUGAAACUUGAAUUUGAAAAGAUUGAUUGUUGUUAUUAUUUUUAAUUACACCUGUGCCUUGAGAAUAUGAACUAUGUGUAUUAAAAUAAUACAGCUAUGCCUUAGUAUACCUAUGUUAAUAAGACAGUAUCUACUGAAAGCAGAAUUUUAUUAGACUUUUCACCCUGAGCUUUCAUACCUCAGUAUGAGUGACUAUAAAACAACCACUGUGUUCUUAAGGGUAUUGUAAUGGUGCUUCUUUCUGCGAACAUGAGAAAAAAAAAACAUUUCUCAAGGAAAACUUAAAAUGAGCCAUUAUUGGGAGCAUCCACAAACUGCUAUGUGUUAAUUAAACUAUACUUCAAUGUACAAUUAUGUAUGUUUAAAGUCUAUAUAACUUAAAUUCUGGUGCCUAUUCAUCAGCCUUAUUGAUGUUAAUUUUCACAAGUAAUUAUUUUAUUCAAAGAAUUGCCGCAUGACUCCAUCUGGGCCACUGAUUUGGCAGAAAGUGUGGCAUUAGAGAUGGUACUGUUUAAAUGAUUGUAAAAUCCUGGUCUUUUGGUGUAAAGACGUUUGCUAUGCUUUCUGUGUAUAUGGUACUGUAAUAUUACUGCUUGUACUGUAAAUGCCUGGGAUUUGUUAGUCUGAUAUUUUUAACCAAAUUAACGUUUGCAAAUUUCUGAGGAAAAAAAACAUUUUAACAUGAGUCCAGAACCUUCAGCAGAUUUUUUAACAGGAAGAUGCUUUGAUGUUACCAUACUGCUAAUGAGUUAGUGCAUUGCUUGGGUUAUUUGUAAACUGACUAAUGUGUUUAGAGGAAAAGUGGCAGAUACAAGAAAAUAUAUAUAUUUGUUUUGAUGAGCAUUUUAAUAUUUGAUGAGCAUAUACAUUUAUUUUGUCAGAGUUUACAUUUUUUUUAAAUUGCAUGAAAUGGUGAAUAAGUUUCCUGCAGCACAUACACUGUUUAGUUCCCUGCCUGACUGAUCAAUAAAGUAUUCCUGAAUGCAAGUAAA